AUGGAUCAACUCAAAGGUGCCCUUGGUAGCUUUGGUGGUGGUAGCAACCAGAAUCAACAACAGCAACAAGGAGGCCAGCAGAGCAGCUCUGGUGGAGGUUUCCUUGGUGGUAUCGGUGACAAAUUGAACUCUGCUGCUGGUGGCGGAAAGGAGGGCGAGAAGAACGAAGACUACCUCGACAAGGGUGUUGACUACGUCCAAGAGAAGUUCAUGGGUCAAGGCCCACAGGACAAUGAGAGUGCCGCUGAACAAGCCAAAGACGAGCAAAUCAGUGACUUCAUCCGUGGUCAAUACAAAUCCGCAACUGGCAAGGAUUUCUUUGUCAAGGAUAAAGACACCACAUUCUCGAAGGACUAA